AUGACAGCGGCAACUGAAAGUAAACAGCUUGCAAAUAACUUAUUAAACAUAAUGCCUUCUCAAUCAAAUGAAGUUUUAUCAUUUCAAACUUAUCAUCCUGAUUCAAACUCUUCUUCUCAUCUAUCAUCAACUUGUUCCGAGGGUGGUGAUUCUUUAUUCCAAGAAGAAAAUGGAAAAUAUGAUCUUGACACUGUGUCUACUUUUGUUGCUAAAUUAUAUCAACUUCUUGAUGGUGAUGAAUAUAAAGAAUAUUUAACGUGGAAUGAUACUGGUGAUGUGUUUGUGAUUUGUAACAUGGAUGAAUUUGCUACUAAUGUCUUACCUAAAUAUUUUAAGCAUUGCAAAUUUACUUCGUUCGUCAGACAACUUAAUAUUUAUGGAUUUUAUCGAGUAUCAGAUGCUCGUAAAUCAAAACACGUUCGUAGUAAGCAUGCAUGUGUAUUUUCACAUUCACAAUUUAGACGCGGUAGACAAGAUCUAUUACCAAAUAUAAAACGUAAAGUUGCAAAAACUGCAAGAAGAAAACCGCAUUACAUAGAUUUUUUAUCUAAUGCUACCGCUAAUAAUAAUUUAGAUAAAUCUGAUGUUGAUAACAUGACGCGUAAAAGGCUCAGUGAUCUAACUAUCAUAACUGAAAAUCUCAGAAAAGAUUUAAAACAAAUGAAUAAUAUAGUGAAUAAUUUGCUACCUGAAGUUAGAAAUUUGACAGAAGGCCUACAAAAACAUCAAACUCAUCUAAUGGCUCUCACUCAACUAAUGACCGGUUCUUCUUAUCAUGAUGAAAUGCCAUCAAAACGUAUGAGAUUUGAUAAAACAAUGAUAAAAACAGAACAACUUCAACAGCCAACAACUACAAUGUCAUUAUCGCCAUCUGUCCCAACUGUACCUUCAUCGAGAAUCCCUGCACAACCUUUUGGAAUAUUCACUAACCAGAAUCAUCAUCAUCAUCACCAACAAGAACAAGAACAAGAGCAACAACAACAACACCAUAAUCAUCAUUCAAAUGCUAAUUUAAUUAAUGAUAAUGCUUCUACUUCACCAAUAAUUAAUGACUCGUCAUCUUCAUCUUCGUCUUCAUCACCUGAAUCUGCUGCUGCUACAAUCCAACCUUCGUCCAUAUCACCUACUGCUUUAACAAUACCUUCAUCAAAUUCUCACCAUCAUCACCAUCAUCACCAUCAUCAAAAUUUCAAUAAUAUUAAUGGAUCUUCUAUAAUUGGUGAAUUUCAAUCCGCUGCUUCUGCUCACUCAAAUAUUCCUAAUUUUAACGUUAAUGAAUCAUGGAGUCCUGCAACUGCCACCACAACAACUGAUCAUCCCAGCACCUCACCUAAUAUUACUACUUCAUCAUCUAUAAUGAUAGCUGAUUCCAAUGGUGUAAUAGUAACUGUAAAUUCAUCAUCACCUCCUACUUCAACGUCGCCUUCAUCAUCACCUCCAUUACCUCAAUCUGGUGCUACUACAAAUAGCUCUCUAACAGAUUUCUAUAAUCACAAUCAUCUUUUACAAGUAAAUAUUGGGAUGUAUAAUUAUACGAAUUAUUAA